CAUAUCGUAUCUUAUCGCGAAACUGAUAGUGAAUGAGAUUCACCGGUACAUCGGAUUCACUGUCCACUUUCGCCAGGUGAAGGAGGUAGCUCGCCGGUAGACCCUCGGCAUUUCUUCUCUCAACUCAGCGGUUGGACCGACGCAGCAUGAUAUCGAAGUUUAAGAACUCCCCAUGGCUACAAUGGACGGGAGCCAUCGGAGACUGCAAUUUCCAGCUCUUCUCAUGCUAUUCGUGGGUGGAUUGAUCCUCGGUUGGUCAUCGCCGUAUUUGGCUCAGCUGACAGCGCCGGACUCACCUCUCCCGAUUUCAACGGACGAAGCGUCCUGGGUGGCUUCAUUGGUCAGUUUAGGCCGUCUUUUCGGGGCCGUAAUCGGUGCGGUGAGCGUUCAGUAUUUGGGCAGUAAGAAUACAUUGACGUUGAUAGGGCUGCCUUUUAUCAUUUGCUGGGUGUCUCUGAUUGUGGCGAACUCGGUGAUGUGGAUAUACUUGGCCAGAACGGCAGCCGGAAUCGGCAUAGGGAUGGCGUUCAGUAGCUUCCCCCUUUUCCUCGGCGAAAUAUCGAGCCCUUCCAUUCGUGGGGCGUUGGUGACUCUCGCGACAACCGGACUACCUCUUGGAACAGUGGCAGGAAAUACGAUCGGCGCUUACAUAUCGAUACAGGUGUUUUCCUACAUCAGCCUAGUUCCGAACGUGAUAUUCAUCGUUCUGUUUCUUUGGUUACCGGAGUCUCCCCAUCAUUUGAUACGCAGAGGAAAAUUAGAAGCUGCCACUGAAUCACUGACGAGAUACAGCCCCAAAGCGGACGUCACUAAGGAUAUCGAGGGCCUGAGAAACUUCAUCAAUAAAACGAGCUCCACAACCUGCUUGGACAGACUCAAGGAAUUCAACCUUCCGAGAAAUCGGAAGGCCGUUAUAAUCGUAAUUCUUCUGUACACUUUCAUGCAGUUCAGCGGAUUGAACAGUACAACGUUCUACAUGGAAAUAAUUCUAACCGACGCCAAGUUGACCGCCAUCGAUCCCGCUCUGAUGGUGAUAAUUUUGGGUGUGAUCGGAAUCGUAGCAGGAUGGGCUGCGAUGUUGGUAGCGGACAGAUGUGGUAGGAAACCUUUGAUGGCCGGAUCUAGUGCGGGAGUCGGAUUGUCCAUGGUCGCGAUCGGCGUGCAUUUCGUUCUUCUGAAGGGCGGUAUGGAUCCGGUUCCGAUGCAGUGGUUACCGGUUUUAUCUAUGGUGGGGUACCAGAUCUUCGUUUACUUGGGGGUUACACCGGUUCCGAGCAUGGUUCUCAGCGAGCUCUUCGCCCCCAACAUAAAAAGUUUAGCGGCAUGUAUGGUGAGCGCUGGCGCUGGUAUCACGGGAUUCGCUUCCUCGAAGACUUAUCAACCCAUAGUGGACACCUUCGGUGAAGAGUACGUUUUUUGGAUGCAGGCUGCGAUCAUGUUCUUCGCCGUGAUAUUCACCGCGACGGUGGUGCCCGAGACUAAGGGAAAAACGUUGCAAGAAAUUCAGGAGAAACUUUCGAGAAAGUGAACGCCGUGGUAGAAAUUAUUCAAUCGCGAGUUGGUCGAGAAAACGGGCUGUCCAAAGUUCAGCCUGAAAAACCGGCUAUUCGAGUUCCUUUGCCUCCAAACUUGUUUCGCGGGGUACCCAAGCAUAAUCAGGUCGUUUAAGGUUGAUAUAUUGGUAAUCGCACUCCUGUUAUCAUAUUUUUUACUUUUUAUAAUUUCGCAAAAACGUACUAAUAUAUUAUCGACCAUUGUUGUA